AUGGAGAUACUGCAUCAAAUUCAGUUGAAUAUUCCUUUGAUGGAUGCCUUGAGGGAGAUGCCAGGUUAUGCAAAGAUAAUGAAAGACCUAAUGUCACGGAAGUUUGAUUUUCAGGAUCUAUCCACAGUAACUCUGACGCAGACCUGCAGCGCGGUAGUGACUAGACCGAUGGCUCAAAAGAUGUUCGACCCAGUAGCUUCACUAUUCUGUGCACGAUUGGGAGUUACGCCUUUGCAAAGAGCUAGACCGACUUUGAUGCUGCUGCAGCUGGCUGACCGCACGGUAAAAAAACCUACAGGGAUUCUUGAUGAUGUAUUAGUGCAAGUGGGGAAAUUCGUGUUCCAUGCAGACUUUGUUAUUCUGGAUUGUCAAGUAGAUGAGGAGAUACCUAUCAUUUAG